CCUCUUUCGCGCUUUAACGUCCUUUCUCUCUCUCUUCCUCCGUUUGCUCUAUGUACAUAAUAUACACGAGCCUCGCUCCCGAUCAUAGAGCAGUGGCGCGGGCUCUCGGUAUAGCCAGCAAAAGUCGCGGACUUUAAUUUUCGUCUAGUCGCCGAUCGGUGUACACAUACCGUUCGAUCGUUCCCUUAACCUUCCGGUUCGUGGAAACGAUAGGACAACACGGGGCGAUUACUUCAGAGGUGAGGCUGCCGUAGUCGCGCGCGUCACCCUCGUCGAGUAAAGUGGCCGAAUCUCUUCUCACGGAUAGUGCGAAUUCCAGAUCGGCGAGCGGCUGCGAGACAAAAGAGAAAAACGACGCGGGAUUAAGAGAUAAAUAUACCAGAAGUACAUCCGAAGAAGACGAGUAAUCACGGGAUGAAGAGGAGGAGGAGCGACGAGGACGGGAAACCGGCAGCCAAAUAUCGACAUCGGGAAUACUUGCUGAUCGAGUAUGUCGGGGCCGCAGAACCGGAGUCCAGGGAGGCAGUCGUCAAGGAGGAGGGGAAGGCGACGAUGGCGAUAAAGAGCGAAGACGUCAUCGAGAACGAAGUCGAGCGGCAGCAGGAGCAGGAGCAGGAGCAGCAGCAACAACAGCAACAACAGCUGGCGACGUACGUGGCGAACGAGGAGACCGGAGAGGAGAGCGGUGUGGGCGUGCUGGAGGCGGGACAGCCGGAAAUGGAAAAUGGCGUCAUGAUACAGCCAACCGGUGCCGAAGCGGUCGCUAUUGCGGUCGCCGCCGUCGCCGCCGUCGCCAACGACGGUCAUGUCGACGAGGAUCCCAACGCCACUUACACCCUCCACGAGCUGGGCUAUCAUCCCGCGCACAUAAUCCACCAGAGUUUCGGGGGCGGCGACAUAAGAGAGGAACAACAGGUUUCGCAGCCGCCCCACCAAACGCACCACCAACAGCAACAUGACGCGCACCACCACCGUCAACAGCAGCAGCAGUACGUUCAGCUCGGGGCGAGAGAGGUCCCGGUUCCCGAGGGAGGGGAUAACCGGCACCCGACGGAGGUUUCCGUCGCAUCGGAAGGACGCCGUGCCGGCAGUCACAUGCCUCACUCCACGAUGCAUCGUUACGGUACCGAGACGCUCUCGCCGACGACGACGGACCAUCAUCACCAUCAGCAGCAUCAACAACAUCACCAUCUGUCCGAGGUGCAUCAGCACGCUGUCAUCGCUCUAUCAUCCGCGCACCGUCAUCUGCAAGAUCCACAGCAGCACCAACAUCAUCAAGAGACCGACGAGGACGUGGAUCGAGGUGUGAGCAGCAUCACCGCGGCCAUGAGGGGCGCACGGGGCGAUUAUCUGGGAGUACUCUUCACGAAUCUCGCAACGUCGAACGCCACGUCGAGCAACAGUGGCAGCAACCAUCACCAUCACGCGUCGCACCACCUAGAGGACGUGCUGUCCGACGAACCAUAUCUGCAUCAGAUUCGCGGAAGCGCCCCGCCGACCAGCAGCGGUAACGGCAGCGGUGGCGGAGGCUCGCCGUCGGUGAGAACCGUCGGUGGCUCCCCGACCUCCAGUCACAGUCCGCACGACGAUCAGGCUCUAUCGUCACCACAUCGGCAGGCCCAGGAAGCUGGUUAUAGCCCCAGUGAUCAGGGCAGAUUGCAAUCCUUUACCCAUCUCACGGCCAUGCAGCCACCGUCGGUGCAGACUAAUCACGGGCUGCAAGAGGCCGAGCGCGUCUCCGAUCAGCUGUACAUGGACUCGAUCUACACGCAUCAUGCGACCGCCGGUACCCCGCAUCAUCAUCAGGAUCAGCAUGACCAGGGCUCCUCCGCACCGCACUCGCCCAGUCCGCUUUCCAGCUCGUCGUAUCGGCCGAUGAGUAGCGUGAGCACGAUGGGCAUUGGGACCGGCACAGGGGGCACCUAUGCCCUCCCUUACAUGACGAGCAGCCCUACAGAGCUGGCGACGUCGCCUCAGCUUUGGAACACUCAAGGUCUGAGCACCGGACUUUCCAUUGCCGAGGAUUACGGCAGCAGCAAAUCCUCGGGUACGGUGUCCCAUCAAUCCUUGCCGGCGUUCUCGCAGCCUUUUGGCGCGCGAUCGAGCUACCGUUACAGUCCACCUUACGCGACAUCUCAACAAAAUACCACCGGCACCGCCGGCGCCGCCGUGGAGGCCGCUUCCUGGACGUACGCGUCGCCCACGAGCGAUCCGCUGACAACGCAAUACGGAGCAUUUCCGAAACGGCAGACGGUUAAUUCGGGGACGGCGCCGACGCAGCUCAGCGCCGCGGCAAGCCUAACCGCAACAGUGCACAACAUCGAGGCGGAGUACUUUACGGAGGGCCGCGAGUGCGUGAACUGCGGCGCGAUUUCCACACCCUUAUGGCGUAGGGACGGCACCGGGCAUUACCUCUGCAACGCAUGCGGUCUCUACCACAAGAUGAAUGGAAUGAAUCGUCCUCUAGUUAAACAGCCACGCCGCUUGUCUGCUACGAGGCGCGUUGGUCUCUCUUGCAGCAACUGCGAAACGACGAUGACAUCGUUGUGGCGUCGCAACACACAGGGCGAACCGGUGUGUAACGCCUGCGGACUUUACUUCAAACUGCACGGCGUCAACAGACCGUCGACUAUGAAGAAAGAUAGCAUUCAAACGCGCAAGCGGAAACCUAAGGGCGGAAUGAAAACCAGCGACACGCCUCUCUCGGGCAACGUCGCGCAAUGCGCAAAUAACAACAAUAACAAUAACAACAACAUCAAACUCGAGCCAGAUACCUACAGCGAUCUGAGGAUGGCUCACACCGGCGUGUCGCAAGUGUCAUACACGAGCAACAUCUACGGUGGCGCUCAGAGUUCGAGCAGGAUAGUGUCUUAUCAGCCCACGACCACAAACCUAUAUUACGACAUGAUUAAUUCGCAACAGCAGCAACAGCAAUUGCUGGAGACUCAUUCGCCCAAGAUCGAGUGUCCGUCUUCACCUUGUGCUACGCGUUCGCCCGGAAUGGUCUCAGCCGGUCAAUCACCUGAUCAUCAUCAGCUCACCUCGCCGCAUAUUGUCACCCUGGGCAGUCCGUCGAGUAGCCCAGCUGGUCCUAAGAUUAUGCUGGACAACGGACAUCUUGAGAGGUCUACGGUUGUGUCAAUAUCAUCCUAGAAGCUGUUCAGAGAGAAGCUGGACAGCUCUUUGGGUUGCCACAGCCAUUAUAUUUCUUAAGAGAUUUAAUGAUAUAUAUUUAUAUAAUAUAUAUUUAUAUAGUAUAUAUAUUUUUUAUAUAUUUAUAUAUAUAUAUAUAUUAUAUAUAUUUACACCAUAUACAUUAUAUAUUUAUAUAUUAUUAAAUUUUGCAAUCCACAUAACCCAAUAUUAAAAGAAUUUGUUUUAAUUUGUGCAAUAAUCUUUUGCACAAUAUCCUUUUUCUUUUUAACCAGCGAAAUAAGCAUCUCAUUAGGCUUUCUUACUUAUCUACGCGCAUUGUGAUACGCGAAAUUGAAAGUUAUAUAUCUUUAGAAAUCGUGUGUAUAAGAAAGCAAGAAAGGAACGGUUGUAAAUAUGCGUUUUAAAAAGUUUUAGCAUAAAUUUUUCGGGAAGAUAUGGACUUUCCUUUGACAAGGAAAAUGAAUUGUUCUCUGUUACUUUUUUAUUCAAUCUUUUUUUUACCAAAGAGGACUUUACUAACGAGUCUUGCGAAUCGACAUCUAAGACAAUACCAAAUUGCAGAAAAUAUUGUUGUAUCUGUAUAUAUAGAUAUACAUACAUAUAUAUAUAUAAACGGGAAUUUAUAUGUAAGAUUAGACGUAUAUUCUUAUAUAUCGUUCGAGCGUAAGACUAGAUAGAUAAAACCAUAAGGAUCUUAUGGCGGAUAUAUAGUGCCUUUGUUAUAUAUGAUAUAAGCGAUAUCACGUGAAAAUGUUUAAAAAAAAAUAAGAAUAAUGUAAUACACAACUAGACAAUAAGCAUGUAACGAUAAUAGCAUAUAUUAGACGAAUGAACAUAUCCCUCUCCUUCUCCCGAUGGCAUCAUAAGACUAAUAUAUGCGACUAUAUAAUAUAAUUUCUUUCCUUCCGUAGCAACGCAUCGUAUUUCGCAAAUGGUGCAAAUGUAUCAAUAUAUUUCAUGUAAUAUAUUUUUAGAAUGUUGUAUAUCAAAGCAUCAGUUAUUUUUAAAUAAAAAGGGAUAUUUAAAAAACGAAGCCAAGAAGCUUUACCGAUGCCUUCAAUUUAUACGUAAUCAUAUUACUUUUAAAAUCUAUAUAUAAGUUUGCAUUUGAAAGACAUUUAAAAAUUUAGAAAUAACUGAGAUCAUCACUAAAGUUAAACGAUUUAUAUAUAUAUAUUGUUAUAAUGUUAAUUAUAUAAUUACAAUGUUAAUUAUAAAGAUAAUAAUGAGAAAGAAAAUGACAUAUUAUGACAAAAGAAAGGGCCGAUACAAUGUGCAUUAUCAUGCACAAUCGCGUAAUAUGAAGCGUCCUACUCAUGUUGUUUCCUCAAACUUGCAUCCGUCGCGUUGUUUAAAAGCCGGAUAAUAUACUUAUAGAAUUAUCAGGUUGGACUUUCCGAAUCAUAUGAUUAACACGGGAUUUGCGCUGUUAUAUCCAUAAAAACAUUACCUAGCUGAUGAGGCAAAGAGUCAGUGAACGACCGGAGGAAAGUUCAUUCUUGUGUAUUUUCGGCGAUAAUAAAAUAUCUCAGCUAAUCUCGGUGCGAGUCACAUAUGCUCCCUCGCGUAGCAAUGGCGUAGUUAACAGCGACUACGAAAACUUUAUAAUAAUAUCAUUGUAGAGGGAGUUAUCAGAUGCUCUAAUUAAAAAAAUUAUCAUUCUUUAACAUA